AUGGCCACCCCCAAUGUUCUUACUUUUGACGCUGAGGGGAGGGCCAUUGACUUUGCCGUCUGGAUUGAAGACCUGCAGCUGUACUUACUGUGUGAUGCGAUAGAUGAGGUCUCUCUUUUUGACUUUGUCUCUGGCGCUGUUCCUGCCCCACCUGCUGAUGCUGACUCUGCCGUUCGCUCCAAGUGGGCGACCCGCGAUGCUGCUGCACGUCUUGCUGUGCGUCGCCACCUCCCUUCCUCUGAGCGUGCCCACUUUAGUCAGUGCAAGACCGCUCAGGCCUUGUACGACGCUGUAGUUGCACGCUACUCCUCCCCUUCCUCCGCUACCCUUAGCCGCCUCAUGCUACCGUUUCUCUUCCCUGACCUCGCUUCCUUUCCCACUGUCGCUGACCUCGUUACCCACCUCCGUGCUAGUGACACCCGCUACCGCGCUGCCCUUCCUGCUGAGUUCCGCGCUGCGAACCCUCCUCCCAUGUACAUCACCCUCUACUUUCUCGUCACCCGUCUCCCUGAGUCCCUUCGUGUCGUUAGGGACCAGUUUCUCUCUGUCUGUCCCACCACUCUCACUGUCGACCUCCUUGAAGAGUCCCUGCUAGCGGCUGAGAAGAGUAUUGUCGCUGUAGGGGCCUCUCGGGGUGACCCUCGCACCCCCAUCUUUGAGGGGUGUGGUCCUUCCCCCCUGCUGCCCUCUGUCGCCUCUGCCGCUGCGGCCGACCUCACUGGUUUUGAGUCGGUCGGCGCGGCGUCUGCCCCCAGCGGCAGACGCCGCUCUGGCAAGAGCAAGGGGGGCAAGGGAGCGGGUGGAGCUCGAGGGGGCGGUGGAGGAGGCGGUGGGGGUGGCGGGGGGAGUGGGGGUGGCGGUGGGGGUGGUGGCGGGAGUGGAGGUACUGGUGGCGGCGGUGGAGGCGGAGGUGGCGGCGGAGGUGGUAGCGGAGGAGGCGGUGGGAGCGGUGGGAGCGACGGUCCUGGUGGGGGAGGUGGCGGUGGAGACGGGGGUGGCGGUGGAGGCGGGGGUGGCGGUGGAGGCGGGGGUCGGAGUAGCUCUUCCCAGCGGAGCAGCUCUGGGGGUGGUCAGCGCCAGCAGCAGCAGCAGCAACAGCAGCAGCCGCAGCAGCAGCCACAGCAGCAGCAGCGCUCUCGCACCGUCCCCGGCCCUCAGCAGCUCCGUGAGUGGUACUUGCAGCGUCAGCGUGGUGGUGCGCUUGGUCCCUGCCCCUACGUUCUUCGCACAGGUGACCGUGCAGGGGAGAGGUGUGGAGGCGCCCACACAGCCCGCCGCUGCUUUGGCCGCCUGACCGACGCCUGGCGUCAGCAGUUUCCGGAGGCCGCUGAGAUCCCCCGCUGGGGAGAGCUGUCUAGGGCUGGUGUAGCUAUUUAUGAUCUUGAUUUUGAUGCUAUUCUCUCUGCUAUGUAUGCUGUGACUGGUAGUGAUGAGGAUGACUGUUACCGGUGUUUCCCGCCCGACCCGGGCAUUGGUACUGCCGCGUCAGGUACUAGUGAGGCUGCUGCUCUAGGUGCCAGUGCGUCUGUGCUCUCAGGUGCUGGUGAGUCUGCCCUCUCAGGUACUGUGUCGGCUUCGGCCUCUCACACCUUCACCCUUGACUCUGGAGCGUCUCGCUCCUUCUUUAGGGACCGCACCACUCUCACGCCGCUGAGUCGGCCGGUUGCGGUGUCCCUGGCUGACCCCUCUGGGGGGCCUGUCCUGUCUCGCUUCUCCACUGUCCUCCCGUGUCCGGCGGCCCCCUCUGGCACCCUGACUGGUCUCUACCUCCCCUCGUUCUCGACGAACUUGGUGAGUGGUGCUGACCUCCAGGAUGCGGGUGUCCACCAGUUCACCCCUGCUCGUCAGCGGGUGACCCACUGCACGGAGGCCGAUACAGGUCGCCACCUGGCUACGUUUACACGUCGGCCAGGGUCGAGCCUGUACACACUGACCACUGUUUCUCCUCCAGGUGCUGAGUCUGGUAGGGUCCCUUCGUCUGGUCAGGUGUUUGCUGCAGCGUCCAGGUCUGGUCCUGAGCCUGCCCCCUGCUCGUGUCGUCGUCUGUCUCACGAGACCCUCCUCUGGCACCACCGCCUUGGCCACCCCUCUCUGCUUCGGCUCAGAGGCAUGGCCUCGCGAGUCCUUGUGUCUGGUCUUCCCCGGUCUCUCCCUCCCCUUCCUCCGGGCCCUGGCCCUACCUGUGUCCCCUGUGUCGAGGGGCGCCAGCGUGCUGCCCCUCACUCCUCCCAGUUUCCUCCGACAGAGGCCCCGUUGCAGACGCUUCACAUGGACGUGUGGGGCCCAGCCCGCGUCCGUGGACAGGGUCAGGAGCGCUACUUCCUGCUGGUGGUUGACGACUACUCGCGUUACACCACAGUCUUCCCCUUGCGCAGCAAGGGUGAGGUCACUGCGGUGUUGAUCGACUGGAUCCGCGCAGCUCGUCUCCAGCUUAGGAGGAGCUUUGGCUCUGACUUCCCUGUUUUGCGUCUGCACUCGGACAGAGGCGGAGAGUUCUCCUCUGGCCUCCUGAGUGCCUACUGUCGUGCACGAGGCAUCCGUCAGACCUUCACGCUUCCGGACUCACCACAGCAGAAUGGGAUUGCUGAGCGCCGCAUUGGCAUGGUCAUGGACGUCGCUCGUACGUCCAUGAUGCAUGCGGCUGCUCCCCAUUUUCUGUGGCCGUUUGCGGUCAGGUACGCUGCGCACCAGAUCAACCUCCACCCCAGGGUCUCUCGACCGGAGACCUCCCCAGCCCUGCUGUGGACGGGGAAGGUUGGCGAUGCGUCGGCGUUCCGGGUCUGGGGAUCUCGGGCGUUUGUUCGCGACGUGUCUGCGGACAAGCUGUCCCCUCGUGCUUCUCCCUGCGUCUUCCUGGGGUUCCCCCCCGACGCCCCUGGGUGGCAGUUUUACCACCCCACCUCUCGACGUGUUCUGUCCUCCCAGGACGUCACGUUCGACGAGUCGGUACCCUACUACCGCCUCUUCCCCUACCGCACUCCGUCCCUCCCCCCAACCCCGCUCUUCCUGGUACCAGGUCCCCCCUCGGUAGUCCCUCUCCCCCCUCAGGGUCCUGCCCCUUCGGGUGUGUCCCAGGUAGACGCGGUCGAGCCUGUCGAGGUCACUGGUGACUCUGGUGCUGCUGCGGGAGCUGAGCCUGGGGGUGCGGAGCCUGGGGGUGCUGAGCCUGGGGGUGCUGAGCCUGGGGGUGCUGUGCCUAGGGGUGCUGAGCCUGGGGGUGCUACGUCUGGGGGUGCUCAGCCUGGAGGUGCAGAGCCUGGGGGUGCUGUGCCUGGGGGUGCUGAGCCUGGGGGUGCUGUGCCUGGGGGUGCUUCCUCUCGCCGGGAGCCACUCUCCCCGCAGGAGCUGCGUGAGUGGUUUGCCAGGCGCUGGAGGUGUGCUGCUGGUGCUGGUGGUUCUUCGGCUGCUGAGGGUACUGCUGCCUCGCGUCCCGCCGGUGCUCGUACUGUGGGUGCUGGAGCUGCUGGGUCUGAGAGUUCUCCUGGAGCUGGUGCUACUAAGGGUGUUGGCGCUGAGCCUGCCGUUGGCGGUCCGACUGACAGUGCUCCUGGUGCUGCUGCUGGAGGUUCUGGAGCUUCUGGUGGUGCUGCUGGAGGUGCUGCUGGAGUGGGUACUCCUGCCGAGGCUGCUGGUACUGUUCCUGCUGUCUCUGGUGUCGCCGCGCGGCCCCGACCUUACUUCGUUCCGCUCCUGCAGCAGGUUCUUGGUCUUCCGCCUCCUCCUCCUCCUCCCUUAGAGGGUCCGCAGCCUGUCCGGUCACAGCCACAGCUACAGCCUGCCUCCCCUUUGCCUGCUCCGUCUCCCUACACUGGUCCGACUGGAGGUCUUACUGAGCGUCGUGAGCCUGCGUCUCGUCCUGUGUCGCCUGUUCGUACUGAGCGCGCUAGUGGUCGCGGGUCGCGUCAGCGUCCUCCUCCUGUCCCUGGCACGCACCGGAUGUCACUGCGUCCGUCCACUGCUCCUCUGCGUGCCCCUUUGCCUUCUCCUCCUGCUUCCUCUCUUCCAGCUCUUGCCGACCCGGAGUCGGACUCCCUUCGUGCUGCCAGUCCUACUGUCACGCGUCUCCUUACUACAGCUGUCACUGACCCUUCCUUCGAGUCGUCUGCUGCGUCUGCCCUUGUCACUGAGCUUGUCGACUUUGCUGCGCGCUGUCGUCUAGACUACGCUGCCCGUCUUGUCACUGAGUCUGAGUCCGCCUGUCCUCCGUCCGUCGGGGGUGAGUGUGCCCUUGGCACGGACGUCCUUGAGGACAGGCAGGAGGAGUUCCAGUGUCUGGCCGCCGCUUCACCUCGUCUCGCGUCUGUACUGCUAGCCCCUGAGGGAGACCCGGAUGCACCAGACAUCCCGACUCCGCGCUCUUACGCGGAGGCGAUAGAGGGUCCCUACUCCUCUCAGUGGCAGGCAGCUAUGGAUGCAGAGAUGGCUUCCUGGAAGUCCACAGGCACCUACGUUGACGCUGUUCCCCCCCCUGGGGCGAACAUCGUCAGUGGCAUGUGGAUUUUCAGGGUGAAGCGGCCGCCGGGUUCUCCGCCUGUCUUCAAGGCGCGUUACAUGACCACUCUUCGGGUCCUGCUGCACGUUGCUGCUCACCGUGACUACGAGCUGCACUCUCUCGACUUCAGCACAGCUUUCUUGCAGGGCAGCCUGCACGAGGAGAUCUGGCUGCGUCGCCCACCUGGCUUCACUGGGUCUUUCCCUCCUGGUACCCAGUGGAGUCUCCGGCGUCCAGUCUACGGUCUCCGCCAGGCGCCACGUGAGUGGCACGACACACUGAGGACUACGCUCGCGGCACUUGGGUUUGCUCCUUCUACUACCGACCCGUCGCUGUUUCUGCGCACCGACACCUCUCUGCCGCCGUUCUACAUCCUUGUGUACGUCGACGACUUGGUCUUUGCCACAGCUGACACUGCUGGACUCGCCUACGUGAAGUCCGAGCUGCAGAAGAGACACACGUGCACUGACCUGGGUGAACUGCGCAGCUAUCUUGGCUUGCAGAUCACCCGGGACAGAGCACGCCGCACCAUUACCCUGACUCAGUCACACAUGGUGCAGCAGGUCCUUCAGCGCUUCGGCUUCACGUACUCCUCGCCUCAGGCCACUCCUCUGCCUACUCGCCACUCGCUCUCAGCUCUGCCUUCGGAUGAGUCCGUAGAGUCGAGUGGCCCGUAUGCAGAGCUUGUUGGCUGCCUCAUGUACCUGAUGACCUGCACACGACCUGACCUUGCAUACCCUCUUAGCAUUCUCGCACGCUAUGUUGCUCCUGGGAGACACCGACCAGAGCACAUGGCUGCAGCGAAGAGGGUGUUGCGCUACUUGUGCAGUACGUCGGGCAUGGGGCUAGUGCUUGGAGGGCGCAGUCCAGUGGUCCUCACUGGGCACGCGGACGCUUCUUGGGCUGACGACCAGGCUACGCAGCGGUCGUCACAGGGUUACACCUUCAGCCUUGGUUCCGGCUCUGUUUCGUGGCGGGCUACCCGCUCGUCUUCUGUUCUCGGCUCCAGUUGUGAGGCUGAGAUCUACGCCGGGGCUAUGGCUGCACAGGAGUUACGCUGGCUCACCUACCUGUUGACCGACCUUGGAGAGCAGCCUCGUUCUCCUCCAGUCCUGUACGUAGACAACAAGGCCAUGCUGGCCUUGUGUCGACAGCAGAGACUGGAGCACAGAACGAAGCACAUUGCUCUCCGCUACUUUCUUGCUCGUGAGCUACAGCAGCGUGGACAGUUGCGACUUGCGUACGUGGCCUCUGAGGCCAACACUGCUGAUGUCUUCACCAAGGCACUUGCGCCUUGUGAUCAUCAGCGUUGUUGCACGCAGUUGGGUCUUGUGCCUGUCUUGCCUCACUUGCUCUCCUCUUGA